GUGGGAGUGGUUAAGAGUGGACAUUCAGUGCUGUCAGGAACUUUCACUUUAUUUGGUGGGUUCACACACACACACACACACACACACACACACACACUGGAGGUUCUCCUCGUGCUUUGAGAUGGAAGUGUGUGUUUUCGCUUCAUUAUUCACAGUAUUGUGCAUGGGACUGUAUGGGAAAUCUACAUACGCAGAAUGUACCUAUCCUACUCUCUCUCCACCGUCUCUGCUGGUGGAGUAUGGAGACCCUGCUGAAGUGAACUGCUCCAUACCGAACAAACCUGUGACACAAUACAAACUGGGCUGGGAGUCUAAAACAUCAUCGAACAGUACAGUCAGUGAGACGAGUGUGGUGUGGAAGGUGGACAAGCUGACGAACUGGGAGGAAGUUGAAGGACUCAAGUGUUAUUUGACAGUGAUAGACAUAGAAAAUCAAUGUAUGAGUAAUGUAACUCUCACCAUUUACAAGAAGCCAGACAGUGUUACACUGAGGUCUGUGUCUGAUGUGUGGGUAGAAGCACAUCAGACAGAGCUGAGGUGUGAGAUUGAGAACAUCGGACCUGGAUAUAACCUCGGUGUACGCUGGAGCAGAGCAGAUCCGAAACACGGCAAUAAUUUCACACAAUUCAGUGAAACGUCGUUCCCAGACCUGAAAAAGGAGAUGAGGAGUGUGAACAAGACAGUGAACCUAGCCGUUACACCCAGCCGUGAGGACGAUGGAGUACAGUAUCAGUGUGCAGCUGUGCUGAAUCUGGACAAAGACAAAGUGUACACAUCAGAACCAAUCAACAUCACUGUACACUAUAAACCAAACAUAGCACAGCCUUUAGACGAGGGUCUAUCAGUACCUGAAGGUGAAAGCCUGAUGAUAAACUGCUCAGCAGAUGGAAACCCCAGCCCUCAUUAUAAGUGGACUGUACUUAAUAACACAAUCAUCUCAAACUCCUCCAUCAUCAUCAUCAGCAGUGUCCAUAAAGAAGACCAGGGUCAGUACACCUGCACCGCCUACAAUUCCCUGGGCAAUACAACAAGGAUCGUGACUGUAACGGUUAUAGCGGACAACUGGACAUACAGCAUCACUGGUGGGGUAUUAGCGGCCAUCAUAACAGUGUUAGCGUGUGGCGUUGUGUGCUGGGUGUUUUACCGACGCACACGCAUGGGUCAAUACAUCCUGACGCGGCUGAUGUCCCACAGGCACAACGGCCAUGUGGGCCACAAGGCUGAGGACCAAGGACUGUAGAUACUGCUGACGUUAACGUCUGUGUAAUUAUGCUGUGUGCAACUAAAUUUCAUAAUUCUGAAUUUCCAUCCUCCAAUGGGGAAACCAAAGAAAUCGCCUCAUCACCGGGGAACUCCUACUUAGAACACUGAGAAGGUCUCCUCAACCCCAAGUUCAGCAUGUGACAUUAAAUCAACAUUAAAUCAACAUUAAAUCAACAUGGCUGCUCACAACAUACACUCUAAACAUAGCAGCACUUAACGUAGCUCGCUAGAAAAGAUACAGGGGAUAUAAAAAGUCUUCACACCCCUGAUAAAAUGGCAGGUUUGUGUGAUGUAAAAAUAAAAAAAUGAUAAAGAGAAAUCAUGUCAGAACUCUGUAUUGAGUUCUAGCUUUGAGCCGUGAGUAGAUCGGACUAUUAUUCACGCAGGUUAUUUUCACAAUGUAGUUUUGUAUGUAGUUUAGUUUGUGUUUUUAAACUGACUGUAGAUCAUGCUGUAUUCUGUGAAGUACAACUGAAACAUAUCGAUGCAUUACAGUGUUUUAUGGGUAUUGUGAUGUGAAUGUGAAACUAUAAUAUAAAACCCACUCGUCAGCUUUCACCGUACACUGGGGCAAUAAAACCAAUCUGAACCUGGCAACCGUGGGUUUUAAAUAUUAAAUGUGAUUGCUUAAAACAACUUUGUGUGACAUUACUAGUUAUUCAGGAUGUAAUGUAGAUGCUGUCUUUUUAGCCAUGAUGUCUGGGGUAAUUGUUCUUCUGAAGUCCUGGAUGAGGAAAUGGAGAAGGGAAGUGUUUAAAAACACUGGAAUGGCCUUUCAGAAAGCACUGAAAUCCACACUGCACCUUCAGCACCUCCUAGAAGCUCAGGACGCUCGGUCUGUAUGUGAUUCAACACUGCAGUAGGUUCCUACCUCAUCAGG